UCUCCCUCUCUCUCUCUCUCUCUAUAUAUAUAUACCCCCGCCCCGUAACCAGAACUCCUCAGUCUGUAUCCUUCUCCUCUCCAAUCCCACCUAACACUGUUAUCCAGAACCAAAACAAGACAGGCAAGCUACAGGAGACGAAAGCCGGAAUGGCAUCGGAGAAGGAAAUGGAGCCGGUGAUCAUCGGAAACUACGUGGAAAUGGAAACAGAAGGCAAGCCUAAUGACAUGAAAUCCAAGUUAUCCAAGUUGUUGUGGCACGGCGGCUCUGUUUACGAUGCCUGGUUUAGCUGUGCUUCCAACCAGGUGGCUCAAGUUCUGCUCACGCUGCCAUACUCAUUUUCUCAGCUGGGAAUGCUGUCCGGGAUACUUUUCCAGCUGUUCUACAGCUUGAUGGGAAGCUGGACGGCGUACCUGAUCAGCGUCCUGUACGUGGAGUAUAGAACCAGGAAGGAAAGAGAGAAAGCAGAUUUCAGAAACCACGUGAUACAGUGGUUCGAAGUUCUCGACGGGCUUCUCGGGAAGCACUGGAGAAACCUGGGUUUGGCGUUUAACUGCACAUUUCUUCUGUUUGGAUCUGUCAUCCAACUCAUUGCCUGUGCCAGCAACAUAUACUACAUUAAUGACAAUCUGGACAAGAGGACUUGGACUUACAUCUUCGGGGCUUGCUGCGCCACCACAGUGUUCAUCCCUUCCUUCCACAACUACCGAAUCUGGUCCUUUUUGGGCCUCCUCAUGACCACCUACACGGCCUGGUACCUCACCAUUGCCUCUCUUGUGCAUGGCCAGGUGGAGGGAGUGAGGCAUUCGGGGCCGAGCAAGCUGGUUCUCUAUUUUACGGGGGCCACAAACAUUCUCUACACAUUCGGGGGGCAUGCCGUGACUGUAGAAAUCAUGCACGCGAUGUGGAGGCCGGAGAAGUUCAAGGGGAUAUACCUGUUGGCGACGGCGUACGUACUGACGCUGACGCUGCCGUCGGCGGCUGCGGUGUAUUGGGCGUUCGGGGACAUGCUGCUGAACCACUCGAACGCGUUCUCGCUGCUGCCCAGGUCGGCGUUCAGGGACAUAGCGGUGGUGCUGAUGCUGAUCCACCAGUUCAUCACCUUCGGUUUCGCUUGCACGCCCCUGUACCUGGUGUGGGAGAAGCUCAUAGGGCUUCACUCGUGUAAGAGCCUGUGCAAGCGCGCGGCGUCGAGGUUGCCAGUGGUCAUCCCGAUCUGGUUCUUGGCGAUCAUAUUCCCGUUCUUCGGUCCGAUCAAUUCCACGGUGGGAUCGCUGCUUGUCAGCUUCACGGUGUACAUAAUCCCGGCUCUUGCUCACAUCUUUACCUUCCGCUCUCCCACCGCUCGUCGGAAUGCGGUGGAGCAACCGCCCAAGUACCUGGGGAGAUGGGUGGGCUCGUACAUCAUCAACGUGUUCGUGGUGAUAUGGGUGAUGGUUGUCGGGUUCGGAUUCGGAGGGUGGGCCAGCAUGGUUAACUUCAUUCGCCAGAUUGAUUCCUUCGGCCUCUUCACCAAGUGCUACCAGUGCCCUCCUCCUCCUCUUCCUCCCUCUCUUCUCAACGCCACAGCCUCCGCUGCCGCCGCCGCCCCUUCGCCUCAUCACCACCACUGAUCAUGCCGCCCUUCAUCUAAUCGGCAUCAUGGUUACCGGGAAGGCUGUGCCAGAGCUUCUGAUAUUAUAUUUUCACCGAUAUUGAUGACAUGAUCCCUCUGUUGCGUUCAUAAACUUUGUAACCUUCAACUCUUGUCUUUGUAAUACUAGAUUUCAUUAGUUAACAAGAACCUUGUGAUGAGGAUGACGUGACUUCGAAAAAUGACUCAGAAAAACAAGAUUACAAGUUUGAAACUUC